AUGAGCUUCACCAGUGGAUAUCCUCCACCGCCAUUCUAUUAUAAAGAAUAUGUUGGACCAGUAGACGCACCUGACCUUGGCGGUAGGCCUCCCCCUAAAAUUCCAAACGACUCCUUAACAAUAUUUGGCAAUAAGCAGGAGGAUAAACCUCUAAAACCCCUGGAUUCUGAUACAAUCCUAUACAACACUCACCCUAGCACUAAUUUGAAGGAAGAAUUCUUGAGACUAUAUCGCAUAUUUAUUCAGGAACUAUUUAUAUUAAUCAAUUCCAUUGAACAUGUUGAAAACAGAUCGAAUACACAUUUCAGGAAAAUAUUGAAAAUAUAUACAAAUCUGCUGCACAUAUUGAGUAGUCUAAAAAAACGUCAAGCCUAUCUUGAUGUUAUUGAACUAUUGGAAUUGCAAUUACAGCGCAGAUUAGAAUGCAUUGAUUCUAUUAAGAGAAUGUUAGCCUGGUCUAAAAAAGAGAUUGAAAAGUCGAACGUUCUAAACAUAAAUUGA